AUGGCAACGAUUACAACAAUUACUAAAAGUGGUCCCGGUCCGGCGCCCGCCGUUCCCACGACGGCACAGUUCAAGAGCCAUGUCUACUCGAAGUACCGCGAGCUGCUCGGUUCUUACAAUGACAAGGCGAACGAUAUACUGCAGACGUACCCGGCGUACCGUGUCCGGGAGGAUACGGGAUUUGCCCUCGGUGGGGAAACCUACGGUGGACCCCCGCAGUCGACGAUCGGUAACUCGGCACGCCGGAUACAGGCACAGCUACCGGCAGAACCGCCGGCCUGCGUACAGAAUGCCAUGAUGCGGCGGGAUAAACAACCAUUCACCUACACACCGGGCGGUAUCGACCUAUCCCAGAUUAAGUCGCCCCGAAUGGCGAAACGAAUAUCCAGGAACGCCAACUCGGAAGGCGUCACCGGUCAGCCCAAAGUGUCUCCAUUGGCACAGAACAAUGGUUCCAAUCACAACGGCACCAGCAACGGGAGUCAGAGUUCCGUUUCACCGGCCGCUACGCUCGGUGCCGCAGCGAUGGGUAUGCCCUUUCAGGUAUUUCCUGCAGGACCUCCAGCACCACCGCCACCUCCACCACCGACGGGGCGUGUAGUUCCGUCGAACGGUGGUAACCGAUCCGUCCCACCGCCGCCUCCUCCACCCGGUCCGGGACCUGCGCUACCUGCAGGCAGCGGCUCAGAAGCUCGAAAAUCCCCGAGACCACAGAGCUUCGAGCCACCGCCGAUGGGUAUGCGGCCCGAAAUUAAGAUUCCACCGAAUCCCAUGGCGGCCCUGCGCAAGGCUCCCAGACCACAGCCGAAGAACGACUUCUGGAUAGAGGAGUAUCGGCGGGAGAAGCAGCAGGACGAGCCUCAGAUUCCACGACCCGUCCCACCCAGCUACAGCUACGCGAACAGAGAUCUGGACGACGAAGUUGCUAAGAACACAUUUAAUCGCACAGACGAGCUCACUGUCCGUGGUGACCCAUUGGCACAGCAGAAACGUUCACCAAGCCCAUCCAAUCUAACUAAACCGCUCGAGAACGGUGCUCGCGGGUCAUCGUCGAUCAAAACCCCGCCCGUGUACGGACAGAGUCCGGUCCCGGCAAACCUUCCACCACCGAUCACACCGACCAAAGUGUCCCCAACCACGCAAGCUUCGCCAACCACCAAAGAUACCCCACCACCCGUGCGCCCCAAACCAUCACCCUCGCCUGUGUUCACGAACCAGUCCACUAACAACACCCCAACACAGUCCGUGGGCAGUGCUGGCAAGGAUCAGACCGCGGGCGUGAAGAACACGGCCCCGGUCGGGUAUGGUCCAGUUGCGCCACCACCACCACCACCGCUACCAUCAUCAGCACAGAAAGACUCACAGCCGUCCGUCUCGUCCGGUAUGUCUCCAUCCGUGUCAUCCACCUCAUCCAUUGGUCCACCUUCAUCUGCUCCACAAUCACCACCCAAGCCGGUCAGCACACAUAGACCCGCUGCUCAGGCCCUUGGUUCACUGUACAUACCGCCGAUACACGAGGUGUUUGCCAAUAGUAAGCAAAGUCUCUUAACCCAAGCGAGUCCACCAUGGAUGUCAUCGCGGCACAAUAGCCUGAAGGAGCAGCCCGAAUGGGUGCACAAGGACGAGCAAGAUUCGGCCGCCAGUAACAGUGACGGCAGCAACGCUCAGCAACAGUCAAACGAACAACAACAGUCACAAGAGCAGUACAAACCACAACCACAAACCGUGCCGCAGAGGGCGCCAAGCGCCACCAGGGAGAGUGUUCCAUCCACUACUAAAUCCGUUGAUUCUAUCGUCACAGCACCGGCCCCGGUGUCGGCUAGACCGUCUCCGUCGGUGCCGUCGCAACAGCUCACACAGAACAACAUCAGACCAGCUGCGGCCGAUGUGUCCGUCCCGGUACAGCAACAGUUUACACCGGCGUCGGUUCAGCAACAGCAACAGUACGCCCAGCAGGUACAGCAAGCGGCCCGGUCGGUAGGGCCACCAGUGGCUCCGGUGUCGCAAACCACGGUUACGAUGCCCGUAAACCGUGGCUACCCGCAGCAAGCUCCAGUGUAUGCACAGGCCCAACCUGUGUACUCUACUCAGUCACCGGCAGGAACGCAGAAGGAACGUAUCAUACCGAUACAGAUUGAAAAGUCUCCGGUGCAAGCGCCAGUGCAGGCCCCGAAUUUCGCACCACCGCCAUACUACAGCCCUAACGCACAGUACGGUCCGGCCGGUGCCAACAGCAGCAUGCAGUCUCCCAUCCCGGUUGGAUUCGCGACACCGCACAGUGGAUUCACCACCCCGACGGCCAUGUUUACCAAUCCGAACCAUUUCGUCAACCAAGGCUACAACAACAUCAGCUAUCCACCGACACCGACCGGGCAGCCGCAUCCGCUGUACCAACAUCACCAGCACUAUCCGCCCCAACAAACGCCACCGGUACUCCACCACCCGAUGCACGCGCAACCCCAACAGCAGCAGCAGCAGCAACAGCAGCAACGCAUGCAACAGCAGCACACGCCGACACAGCAGCAACCGGCGAAUGUGACCAACGUGCGCAUCGUACCGAUCAAGGUGGAGGGUGCCGAACACACCGUCCGUGGACCACUGUCCAACACGCCGGCCAUCAUCCAAAGUGGUGAUCGUAGCUACGUCAUUCACGAUAUCCCGCUAGAAGCUAAGCUUCGCUUUCUUAAAAAUAGACUCAGCGAUCCUCGUAGCAGCAGCAACACUCAAUCAUGGAAUGGUAACAGUGCACCGAAUCAGUCACGUUCGUUCCGAGUGCUGCAGCAAAUCACGGACACGCUGGACGAAGCGGAAGCCGAAAUGAAUGCCAAGGAUCAGGCUAACAGUCCGUCCAGCGUGGCGGAUCAGACCGAUGGCUCCAAACAGCAACCGUACGGACGUUCGGCGGGUGCCGGCAAUGUGGCCCAACAGCAAGACAUGGCAGAAGGACAGCUGCGUCGAUUACAGCUCAGCAACGAAGACAAGGCUCUGAUGAAUAGAGUAAAAAAUCAAGUCGACGGAGAAGUUUAUCUCCAUAACGAAGAAGAUCCUCGCUAUCGCGGUGCCGCCAUACCGUCCAAAGCGUUCAGGUAUCUGCAGAACAUGACCGAUAGCGGUCAGGCUGCGAACCAAAGCAAUAACGGCUCUGGUAAUCGUGCCCAACAGAUGUUCAACCGAGGAACCUACAACGAUUCUGAUGGUGACACACAGCAGCAGUCGCAGCAGUAUGUGCCACCGAGCGAACAGAAGGUGGAAGAACCAAAGAAGUACACCGGUGGUUCCAUCCCGAGCCGUUCGUUCAAGAUGCUCCAGGCAAUGACGGACGCACCAGCCGAUCCAAAUUCCUCCGACAGUGAGGGUCCUAGUGUGAAGCUGCCUCACGGCAGUGGCACAGACAUUCGAUACUCUCCCUAUCCCUAUCCACCGCAACCCUACUUUUGCUGUCCUAAUCCCAAUUGGCAUUACUACGAUCCCACCACUAACCCGCAGUACUAUCCACCCCAUCAUCCGCCACCACCACCUCAUGCGCCCGGUUACUAUUAUCCGCCCAUGCCACCGCCACCGCCCGGGCACUUUGACCGGGGCGGCGGUUAUUACGGUGGGUAUAUGUCUCCGCAUCACUUUUACUACGCACAAGAACCGUGUUCUCCGUGCACACCGCCUCCGUACUAUCAGCUAAGCCAACCGCAGACUGCCUACUGCGAGGCAAUGCCGAGCGAGGCGAUCCACACGUACGUGAUCACGACGCCUCCUCCGCGCAUCGUCGUUACACCGACACCGGACGAUUCCUGCUCCGAUAGUGAGCUGCAAGCGAUCAAGGAACAGCUGGGCGAGCUGCGCAAUGUGCCUGGCGAGUUUGCCGGGGUAGAACCGAGCGACUACGGCAGUCCGAUCCCUUUGAUGCGCUCACAAUCUAGUCUCAAGCGGCUGUCCGAGCGCUUGACUAAUUUUAACAACGGGUGCGGUGAGCCGGAUGGCCCCAACUCCUCGGUGCGCUGCUCACCUUGCAGUCCACUGAACGAGCGGUAUCGUACGUACGAGGAAAGCACCUCUUCGGUACCUUCGUCUCAGUCUGAGGCUUCAGACUCGGAAGACGAAGAUACAUCCAAACCCAGGCCAGUGAGCAGGACUCGGGUGCAAAGCAAUGGUCACGCGAAGGACACGGAGGUGGUCCGUCUGAAUGGGUUGCGCGCUUUGGCUAAGGAAAAAACUCCCGAAAAGAAGAAUGCGCGUGAGAGUGAGUCGGAAAAUAAGGACGAAGAAGAUGAAGAUGAGGAAGAAGAAGAGGAAGAUGAAGCAGAAAGUGAAGAUGAAGAAACAGUAGAGUACGGUGGGAACGGUGAGCCACCGGUUGAUGAACAUUUGCCGCACCAACUGAGCGUGAUCUUCGAGGAGGAAAGUAUGUACGGGCAGUCGACCGUAGCGAGCAGACGUACCAGCGUGUGUAGUAACAGCUCUACGUUGAGUGACUGCUCCUCUACGCUGGCCAACGAUCUAGACGAUGAGAAGGAUGUUGAACCGAGCGGUAACCGUACCGACGAUGACAUCGAUCGUCUCGACGAGACGGAUAUGGAAAAGUCGCUGGUUUCGGUGCGUCUUCCGCUGAAGCUAUCGUUUAGUAAAUCGCCCAACAAUGAGGAUAUUGCAACGCUGGUCGUUGGUGAAAGCGAAAUUACUGGAUCGAAGGAAAAGCUCGCCAAUGGUAAUCGAUCCGCCCAACAACCUGAAGAAGAAGAUAGCGGCGACGAGAGUGACACAGAGGAAGAGUCCGAGAACGAGAGUGCGGAGAGUUCCGAGGAAGAAACCGAUGAUACCGAUGGUGAGGAUAAGGUUAGCCCUCAGAAGAAGGAAGCGAACGAUGUUACGGAAAAGUUGUCGAAUGAGGCGGAUACCGAUGUUACGGUGACUAUCACCAUACCGUCGCUUUCGAGUAAGGGCAAACUGAACGAACGGGAGAGUUUGAGUCGUCCGGAAGCAGUGAAGCAUGAGGCACCGGUAAAAGCUCCGUUUAAAAUCGACUACGAAGAAGCUUCGGAAGUAUCGGUAUCAGUUUCGUUACCACUAAAGCCCAAGGGUAGUUCUUCUAGUGAUAUUACGAAACAACCAGAUCGAGAGACGCCAUCUGACGAGAAACUGGAGAACGCAGAGAAUGCAAAUGGUGCCGAUGGUGAGGAGGAGGAAGAGGUUGACUUUUGGAGUCAAAUUGGUGACGAAGACGAUGAUCAACGACCGGUGCGAUCCUACUCUAGAGAUAUGUGGAGCAGUCGGGAGUUUAGCGUUGAUCGGCAGAGUGUCUGGAGUCAGGACGCUGAGGAAGAUGAAGAAGCGAGUACUACUGGUACGACCGACUUUUGGAGUGCCGAGAAUGGUCCCACGGAGGCGUCCGAUUUGUGGAACUAUGGAAAAAGAAAUUCGCCAUUCCCGGCGAGCGGCGAUAAAGCUGAAACGGCGCAAGUUGACAGUAAGGAUUCGUUGGAAUUCUGGCAGAAGGAGAACGAACGACUCGUGAAGGAUCUGUACGAACGUAGGGCCAGUGAAAUAGGCUACCAGGGAAUGAUGUCUAGUGGGUUCGUGAAGGAUGAAAAUAAUAACAAGACGUGCGUGCCGCAGAGUUGUACAGGCGCUGUGAAGUCGGAGCUGCAGAACGAUCGUAAGACUGAAGAUCACAGUGAAGAAGAGGUGGAAGAUGGGUCAGAUUCCGAGAGUGACAACGAUAGUGAAGAGUAUGAAACGUCAAAUACGUCGAAGGAAGAUUCAGAGGCGGAACAGGAUGUAGGAGAAGAUUUGCCUAAGCAAUCGGGUACUACGGAUCCUGUGAAAAAGUCGAAUGAUGAGCAGAUGCAAUUUGCUGGUGGCAUUGGCGACACCAAAGGUGACAGUAUGUCGCAAGACGAUGGCAGUGUUGUAGACAAGAUGGAAAAGGAUAAAAAGUUAUCCGUGAAGGAACGGAUAUCGUUGUUUGAGACGCAGGGCGUAAAUGUGCCUUCGCUGGAGGUGACAUCGAAUGGACGCGGCACAGUCACCCCUACGAUGGGCAGCCGCUUAAGACCGCUCUCGAGACAGAGACAGUUCUGUGAAGAGUCCGAGGCGGAGGACGAUUCCGGCGUGACGUCGGACAUGAGCAAACACAUCUCCGAGGUGGAGACGGACUCCGAGUGCUUCCCGGAGAUGCGCAAGAUGACACGGUAUCAACGUGCGGCCACACAUUCCAGGUUAUUUAAGCUUUUGCAGGACGAAAGUAACAACGGUGAUAGCGAGGAUGAGGAAGCUAGUGAAGAUAAUAGUAAGGAGCAGGAGCAGAAUAGGAGCAACGUGAAGCAGCACGAUGCAGCGACGCAACGGGAGGAUACCACAGCCCAUCCGAAGAUGAUGAGUAAUCCGGUGGUGAACGGUACCAGUCGGAAAACACCGGACGAAACACCCGGCAGCAUUGUGGGCAACGUGACGGACGGAAGGCGCGAUCGAUUAACGCUCCCCAUCAGUCAUCAAUCGUCCUCGGGCAACGAUAGUCUGUCCUCGUCUACCUCCUCAGCGUCUCCUGUAUCAGGAACACUGCAGAACGAAAAACUUGCCGAAGAGCUAGUACAAAGUUUGUUGAUGAAGAAGAAGGGUCGACUGUUCCGGAAUCUGCCGCUGGAAAAACUGCACGCCGCUGCCCUGAAGAUUCUGCAGGAAGAUCUUGAAUCAAAUGGCACGAUCAGCUCGACUGAGGACAAUAUGGCGACGGUCGACUCGACGCCCGCGCUGACACCGCAGGAGUUUAAGAGCGAAUAUCCGACAUCAUACUCCGACUACUACGACACGUGGUGUAGUGAUUCAGUGGGCCAACCUAACGGUUGCUACUCAGAUACCGGGUCCGACUGUGGGAUGGUGAAGAUGUUCCGCACCGUACCGGAGCAUCAGCUAGCACUCGCCAAGAAAGAUUCGCGUGCAAAUACCGGCAACGGCCACUGGUCACCGCGGUGUCCACGGGUAUUUAGCAACAAGAAUAUUCCCCGGUUGAUGGGUGUACGGGAGUCGGAUGUAGUGGAACCAACGUCUCGAGGUUCCCGACCACCGUCUCGAGCAUCGAGUAAUCGAUCGCCAUUCACCGUCAUCACGCCGGCUGUCGGUUUGUUUAACGCCGGCAGUCCAAUGGACGAUUGUCCGAAUCGUGCCAACACUGCCAACCGUCAGUUUAAACUGCAGUAA